GUUUCAUUUAUUUUAAUUUUAAAUUCAAUUCAUUAAGUUUUUCUUUUCUUCUCCUUCAUGUCUUCUCUACCACUAUUCAUCCUCCUUAACUUUUCCUUUUUCUUGUUCAAAUGAAUCGAAUUCCCAAAAAGGUUUUCUUUUUCGCCUAUUUAAUCCAAACCCAUUUCAUAUAACGUCAAAAAACAUUCUUGGGUUACAUUAAAAACAAAACGAAAAUGGGUUUUGCUAAUGAUCAAGAUCGGUUCUGUUCAACGCCUAAGCUUCCUCUGUUUUCAUAUCCAAUGAACGUAGCAUAUGAAACUCCGGGAUCAGCUACACCGCCGGUUAAUAUGGCAGGAUCUGUUCCUUUUAUAUGGGAGGAAGCUCCGGGAAAGCCUCGUUCUUCCGUUAGGAAACCGCCGAGAUCGAAUCAGACCGGAGAAAAAAAAGGAGUCGCGAGAAGCUUGGACCUUCCUCCGAGGCUGCUUUUGCCCGGAGAAGCUUGUAAAUCGUCGACGGCGAACGAGCCUUCUCCGACCACUGUUCUCGAUGGUCCUUACGAUUUACGUCGUCGUUCACUGUCGCUUCCUAGAUCGGCGGCUGUAAUUAGGAAGUUGAGAGGUGUUCCGGCGCCGGCGCCGGAGAAAGAAAAGAGAUUAUUUGGGUCUAGUAGAUGGGGAAGUUUUGGGGCAUGUAAAGAGACGUCCGAGGGUAUAUUUGACUUUCCACGUUUCAGAGACGGUGGUUGCGAUUGCCGGAGGGAUUGGGCCGGAGGUGGAGGUGGAGGUGACUUUGCCGGAGACGGCGGCACAAAAGCGAAACUUUUUAGACUUAAAAGAAAAGGAAGCCUUUUUAAUCUCUCUCAUACAACAAAGUCAGAUUUCUGGGCAAGGGUUUACGAAGGGUUUAAGCAAGUGAUUCCAUGGAGAAGUAAGCAAGAGAAUCUGUAAAGGAUGAAUUCUUCCACUAUUUAAAUCGAAUAUUUCUUAAAAUGACUACUAAUUCUAUAGUUGAUGUCCUUAAAUAAUUAGUCGUCUCUUGUUUAUACUUUAUUUAUAUACAAUCUGUCAGGGAAACAACUUAUAUUACAGAUUAUAUACAAUGAAAAAUAGGGAUUUCACCUUUUUAUCUUCCUUACGUUUCUUUUCAUAUGAUGUAUUUUGUUAUAAAUUAUUGGAUAUACUCUAAUUUCUAAUUAAUUAUUUAAUGAUAGAAAUACUUUGAAAAUAAACUAAUGUAGUACGUUAAAUAUAAUUCAUAUUAAAAAGGUAAUAGAAAAUUCACCAAAGUAUCUAAUAAAAUGGGGAUUUUCAUGUGAGAAGAACAUUAUUUCA